CGUGUUGACACGCUUCGCGGAAAGUCAGUGCGAGAUCCAACAUGGCUGCCAAUGUUUACAUGCUGACAACAAUAUUAUAAAUUUGACAAUCAAGUAGCCUUAAUUUGUAAACAGAGCAGGUGACAAAUUUGGAAGGACUCUGGUGACAUCAUGUCAACUUUAUCGGAGCACUUGCCAAAGCUGAGCCAUGCAGAGUUUGAAAAGUACCCCGAACCUGUGGAGGUGCACUAUAAGAGUGGCGCCAGCUACACAGGAAUGGUCAGCAACCACUUGCGGUGUGGACAGGGAGUCUUCAAAUGGCCCAACGGUGCUCGGUAUGAAGGCCAAUAUUCGGAGAAUGCCAGGAAUGGAAAAGGUUUACAAAUAUGGCAAGAUGGGGGCCAGUACGAGGGUGAAUUUUUACAUGACAUGAGGCAUGGGGAGGGAGAACUUAAGUGGAGCAAUGGAGAGACAUACAAAGGAACAUUCUAUAAAGAUCGUCGCCAUGGAAAAGGAGAAUACAUUUGGCCAGAUGGAUCAAAAUUCUCGGGGACAUUUUUCAUGGACAGAAAGGAAGGAUAUGGAGAGUUUGUUUUUGCAAAUGGUAGUAAAUUUGAGGGGUUGUACAAGGAUGAUGAGAGACUGGGACCAGGGGUCAUGACCUAUGGGGACAACACACAGGACAUAGGUCUGUGGCACAAAGAGAAGCUGGUCAAGAUCUGCACCCCAAUCAGUGGAGCGUUUACCAUACACGACCACAAAGAGUUUGUGUUCAGCCCCGAGGAGCAUACCCUUUACAUUAACAUGAAUGAGGAGGAUAGAAAACCUGGCUCCAGGGAGAAGAUGAAGAGUACAGACAUAUUUGAUUACUUACCGGAAAACCAGCUGACUGACAAAGUGACGGACAUGUAUAACGAGACUUUGGACCCUGGAAGUCUGGCCAUCAAUCGUUCGGAGUUCAAUCGAGAAUUCUUCAAAGAACAGGAUGGAGAGAAAUCGGAUGGAGACGAGAAAGUGGUAGCUAUUAAUCGCACCCCAGGAAUGAUCGAAAUACAAAAGCAUGUUCAUCGCCAUAGGAACCGAGAAAAAAGCAUGUCAUUUGAUGUCCAAGAGGUGAUGAAGGGAAGCAGGGGAGGGAAUUUUAAACAGAGGGGGCCAUUGGAGACAGCUUCAGAAGAACUCAUCAUGGCCGCCGCUCAGGGGGAUGUCAAAAAGGUGGAGGAUCUUCUGACAUCUGGAAAAGUCCAUCCUGAUGUCGCAGACAAAAACGGCCAUACUGCACUCAUAGGGGCCAGCGUAAAUUGGCAGACUGAUGUCAUCAAUGUGUUACUGAAUAAUGGUGCCAAUGUAAACCAACUCAAUGAUGAGGGAUGCUCUGCUUUGUCUGCUGGCACUAUUUUCUUCUACCCUGUGGAGGGAUUUAGAUAUAAUAUAGCAGAAAGAUAUUUAGAUGUACCUUCAUCGCCUGACAAAAAAUCAGUAAAUCGUAGUAAAGCAACUCCCUCUAGAAGCAAGUCAAAUGCAAGCCCAACAAAACAGAAAACAAAAUCCUCCCUCAGUGAGCCUCUUUCUAGUCGCAGUACCUCAGAGGACAAACGAGGUAUCAGCCCUGAUGGUGGAUACCCUCAAAAUGACAACAAGCCCCAGGUUCGUAUCAUGGAGCCCGGGGCUCAGGAGGCAGGUGAGCAGAAUGAGGAGACAGAUGUGGCCAAUGAGGACACUCCACCGAGGAGCAAGGAUGACCCAGAUAGCGCGGAUUUUGAUUCUACGGCCACGUUACAUGAUUACCACAUUGAGGUUUCCGAGAGAAUGAUAGAAAGGUGUGCCACUCAGCUCAGCACCAAUGAGAAGAUUGUCGGAGGCAGACGGUCAAACAACAGCGCUGAUCUUGGAAGAGUCAGGCAUCUUGCAAUCAUGAAAAAUGAGAGAGAGAGAAUGAAGAGCACCUUAGAUUUAUUGUUAAAGAGAGGAGCGGAUCCAAAUGCCUCAGGGGUGCCUAUGCCAGUUCUCUUCUUUGCAAUAAAAUCAGCUGAUGUGGAAGUGGUGAAGACUCUACUGGAGAAGGGAGCAUCCACAGCCAUCACCCUUCCAAGAGAGAAGGGAGGUCUGGCCCCUCUACACAUUGCUGCAGCUAUACCCGGGGAGGAAGGGGUACAGAUAACAGAACUUCUCCUGGAGGUGGGGGCCAACCCUGACGUCAUGGCGGCAGAAGACGACUCAUUCCUUAACAGGACUUUGGAGGAGGAGUGGUCCAAAGAUGUCAUUCUGCCAGAGAGUCAAGAGUUGUUAGGUGGGCGUACACCACUGCAGAUUGCAUGUGCUAGAGACGACAAUUAUAAGAAUGCCUGUCGAGUGGUACAUCUGCUGUUGGAGCACCAAGCCAACCCUAACCUCCUGUGUAAUGGAUUCUCUGCCCUGGCUCUGUCCAUUGCCAGCGGCAACGACCUGGCUAUUGAUGAACUUUUGACCUAUAACUGUGACCCCAGUUUACCUUUGACCCAUGGAGUAGGCAGUGCCUUGUGUGCUGCAACAUCAACAGAAUACGAGUACAGACGAAAAAAUAUCAAUCAAAGACUGCAUCUUAUUGAUAAGUUAAUCAAAGCUGGAGCCAACAUUUUGUCACCUAUUCCAAUUGGACCCAAAAGAAUCAUUGGAACCGCUGUAGACUAUGCCUACUACAUGUUCAAUCAGGAUCGUCGUAUAUCGCACAUGCCCUUUCACGCUCUGUCGCACAGUGAGCGGGCUACUUACCAGGCUAGGAAGAAACUGCUGGAACAUAUUGGUAACAUUUUAAGAACCAAAGCAGUUGAAAGAGAGAAAACGCGCAUGGAUGACGAAAUCAGUUCUGGAAGGCGAAGUAGAAGCCCCAGUCCUGGAUUUGUCUACAUUGGAGCAGGGGCCCCUCUACCCCCUGAUGCCAAGAUUCCCAAGUCCCUCAAGGGAAUGGAUAUGGGAGCAGGGGAAAUGGCAAAAGUCACUUUUGAGUCCAAUGAUCCCAGUGUAGGACGAGGGUUUCCGGAACGCGAACCAGCUAAUCUUCCGGCCAGAGCUUUGCAUUCACAUGCUAGCCAUUUCCAUGUUGAGGAAAUCGAUGUGGUACGCUUGACUGCUUCUGCACAGAGGAAAGCAGCCACACAAUCUCGACUCAAGCCUAAAAAUAACUUCCUUGUCAGCCUCGAAUUUGUUCGUCAUGGAUCACUGACUUCGCUUCAGAGCUCUUUUCACUGGAACCCUCUGAAGCCUCUGUUUAAGUACUGCUAUGAAUGCGGUCGGUCAGUAGGCGUCCGUCUGUCUGCUUGUACCAGGUGUAAGGAGGUGUACUACUGCGGAAAGUCCUGUAAACUGGCCGCCUGGAAGGCCAGACAUAGCGAAGAGUGCAUCAGGGUCGGAGGUGUCGCGUACAGUACAUGUUUGUCAUGGGACGAAGGUAGAACAAAGCCGCAGGUUCAAAUUAACUGCUGGGUGACAUCUAACGGCAAAGGGAGGUCCCGUAGUCCCAGCCCUUCGGGACGCCGAGCCCGGAAGGACAUGAGCCCCACCCCAGCGACUGAGAUUAAGGGCAAGAAAACCACAGUGCCAGAACUCACCAAGGGCAAACAGACCAUUAAUGUGAGAGUAUUAGUAGUAGAGUCAGCCGAGGGAGAUACGGUGCCCUUCAAAGGAAACAGUAAAAGUGCUAAAGGACCACGUGGUGCACAUACAGAGGAACAGCGGAGAGUGCAGUCAGAAAAAAUGCGGCGGCACUGGAGCCCGCCCCCUGGGGUCAAAGUUGACAAUUAUAGUUUUGUCUGAUGUUAUUUUAUAUCUAUAUUCAUAUCCAAAUUAUUUUUCUAUUUUUUCAAAUCAUGUUGAAAAUGCUCAUUUAAUUUUCAUCAAAUUUGUUAUAAUUUGAAUCAGGAUUUGAACUUCUAUUGUUAUUGUAUGUGAUUGAUAAGUUGAUUUUUUAUUCUGUCAUGUAAAUUUUUCGGUUUUUGUUUUUAAUUUUCAUUUCAAAUGUAUCAUUCCAUUUUCUGAUUUGUUCGGGUUUUUUUCUUGUUUCAGAGAGGUUUUGAGGACUUAAGAUGAAUUUGAAUUGUAUUAUUUUUAAGAGAUAUGAAUGAAAUUCAUCUUUUUUUUCAGUUGUUGGAAAGUGAAGAUGCGAUGGCAAUGCUUGUCUACUCAUAAAACCUUUUGAAAAACAUAAUUAUCUAUGUCAAUGAUUUAUAUUUUCACUAACCAACAGAGAUGGUUAUUUUUAUAAAUAAGUUUACUUUGUACAUUGUACAAGAGGCAAAACUUUAGUCAAUUUUUAUUUGCUCAAUUGUCAAAUCUGUCUUUUAUGUAGAACUUGUUUUGAGCUCAGUCUUUGUUUCAACUGUUAAUGUAUUAGUCUUGUUAAAGUCAGAAAAAAGUAAAUGUUCCAGUAGUCGUUAGCACCCAUGUGCCAUUUUACAGUCAAGAAAAAUUGCUCAAACAAAAUAUAAAAAAAGGUUAGGAUAUAAUUUGUAAUUAACUUGCAUGCAAAUAGGUCUGUCUGUACAUGCAACUUCAGAUUUUUAUGUUCUGUUGAGUUGAAAUAAUUUGAUCAGAGGAUUUUGAUAAUAAGGAUAAAAAUUGUUAAUAAAUGUUUCAUUAGCAUAUAUUUGUAAUUAAUACCUCAGUAUCUUUCAAUAAUUCAUAUCUUGAGUGAAAUUUCAUAUCAUUUCUUCAAAUCGGUAUUUUUUUUUUAGUAUGUAAAUUAGUUUGUAUUUAUGGUAAUCAUGUUUUAAGGCUUCUUUCAUUUCGUUUAUACAGUUUUAGGUGUUUUAUUUUAAACUAAGGAAGUACGUGUAUAUGUUAUUCAGGUUUUCAUUUCAAACUUAAUCCUGCUGAUUUAUUCCUAUGCAGAGUCUUAGAGAAAAUUAUGUAUUCAGAUUUACUGUUUGUACCAUAUGGGAUCAAAGAACAACACUUGGGGCAAAAACUCAAUGUAUAGGACCAUUUUUGGUCAAAGUUUUCAUGAGCCCUUCCCCCUGUACAUUUAUGCAAGACUUGAUGCUCUGCAAAUGCUUAUAUUACCUAAUACUGCUGUAAAAUUACUGAGGCAAAAAUUUUUCUCAUUAUACUGGUAAUUUACAAUCAUUUAAUGUCAAUAUUGUGUCUACAUGAAAUCAUAUUGGAACAAAUGGUAAAGUGUGCAGUUUAGUACUUUGUGCCUCUGUGUGUCAAAUAUAUUUUUCUAUAUUGUCUUUGAUGAUGAUAAUGAUGAUGAUAAUGCUGCUGAAAUUGUUUUGUUGUGGUAGUUUGGUUUUAGUUUUUGUUUCUUAGUGGAUGCUAUCAAUGUGAUAGAAAAAUUGAUGCUUGAUGUUGGCGAUAACAAUUUAUUUUAACCAGGCCUUACACAAGUCAUUUUGAUGUGACUUAAGUAGAAAUUUGGCAUGUCAAUCAUCGUUAUCUUAAAUAUUAUGGAUUUUGUGCAGGUGAGAUUGAAGUCCCAACUGUUAUUUCUUUAUGUAAUUUUACCUCUUUAUCUUGGAUCCUUUCAUAUUCCGAAUAUUUGUUCUUAAUGAGGUCGAGAUAACAAGGUUUGACUGUAAUUGCAUAUCAUGGUGGUAUAGUUAUUGGCAACUUUCUGAUGAAAAAUUACUUGCAAAGAUGUAAACGUUGGUUUGCAUAAUAUCUGAUAUAAACUGAUUUUCAUAACUUUUUUCCUCCCUUUUUAUCACAAACAAAUAAAUUCCUAAAUUGAAUCAAAGAUAGAUUAUAUAUAUUAUCUGUACACUACUGUAGUUUUACAAAAUCAUUUCCACAUUUUCUUGCCUUCUAUUCCGUUUUAUACAACAUGUGCCUUUUAUUAUUACUGAUGCCAAAUCAAAUAUGAAGAUGACAUACCUUACGCUACACUUUUGUGUAAUAUCAAGAUCACUUAAAUUUUGGAGGUUGUACUGUAAUGUUCACCUUUGACCUUUUACCUUUGUCAAAUUUGCACUAUUUCCUUGUUUUCUUCUAUUGGUUGGAGAUUUUGGGGAUGAAUAACCAUAAUAAAGAUAUAUGUAGAAGCUAUAUAUUGUUUAUGUGAAGAACAUCAGAUAACAGUGGUUAGUCUAUAUUUUAGUCAAUGUUUCUGUCAACAACAACAAAAAGUUGUCAUACUGUGAUAUUUAUUAUUUUUUGUGCAUUUAUGUCUACAGUUUAUUAUUAUAUUUUAAUAUAAAAGAUAUUUUUUUAUUGAAAGAUUUAUUCCACUUGAUGAUUUGUUUCCACAAAAUAAAGUGUGGUUCUAUUUGA